AGGUUAUCAGAGCUUUUGAACUUGUCUGAAGGGUCGGAGACGGGAGUGUAUGAAGUGGAAGUGGAGACGAAGAGGAAAGUUGAGGUUUUUGAGGAGCUUCAAGGAGUUGUGAAGAGAUUGCAGUUCGAAGAGGGAUCUCUGCAGAAGGAGGCAGCUGUGGAUGUUAGAAGACUUGCGAAGGAAGAUUCCGAGGCAAGGUCGAUGCUCGCCAUGCUUGGAGCGAUUCCUCCUCUUGUAGGAAUGCUUGAUUCUAAUGAUCAAGAUUUUCAGAUCGCUUCACUCUAUGCUCUUCUCAACCUAGGGAUCGGAAACGAUGCGAACAAAGCAGCUAUUGUCAAAGCCGGUGCUGUUCAUAAGAUGCUUAAGCUCAUUGAAUGUCUUGACGAGUCUCCAAACUUGUCUGUUUCAGAAGCCAUCGUUGCAAAUUUCCUCGGCUUGAGCGCUCUCGACUCUAACAAACCGAUCAUUGGUUCAUCUGGCGCGAUUCCGUUCUUGGUGAAAACCCUCCGGAACGUGCACAGUAGAAGUAGCGCCCAAGCAAGGCAAGAUUCUCUUCGAGCACUUUAUAACCUUUCCAUCUCCAAUUUAAACAUCAGCCAAAUUCUGGAAACGGAUUUCGUCCCUUACCUCCUGAGCAUGGUUGACGACAUGGAAGUGAGUGAAAGAAUCCUUUCAAUCCUCAGCAAUAUAGUUUCGACGACGGAAGGAAGGAAAGCAGUUAGUACUUCACGAGAAUCAUUUUCGAUUCUAAUCGACGUUUUGAGUUGGACGGACUCACCAGGUUGCCAGGAAAAAGCAUCCUACAUUCUAAUGGUGAUGGCUCACAAGGCUUACGGAGAUCGACAGACCAUGAUCGAGGCGGGAAUUGUGUCUUCUCUCCUUGAAUUGACACUUUUAGGUAGCACAUUAGCACAGAAGAGGGCAUCCAGAAUACUGGAGUGUCUCAGAGUGGAUAAAGGGAAGCAGGUUUCGGGAGGUUAUCGUGGGGUUCUUGGUGCGGCAGUGUCGGCGCCUAUUUGUGGAUCAUCGUCUUCUGCUGGACCGAAUGGGGUGUCGCAAGAAGGCUUGACUGAAGAAGACGAUGAAAUGAUGAGCGAGGAGAAGAAGGCAGUGAAGCAAUUGGUGCAGCAGAGUUUGCAGAACAACAUGAAAAGAAUCGUUAAGAGGGCAAACUUGCCACAAGAUUUUGUUCCUUCUGAUCACUUCAAGACUCUCACUUCGACUUCAACUUCCAAGAGCUUACCAUUUUGAAGAGCUGGGAGGUUGAAAGGGAUCCAAGUGAAG